AGGUCAGACCACCACCCAACCAGACCAGUAUGGCUAUCGAAAGGCAAAAGACCCAUAUCGGAGCCAGCUCAGCACAAGGCAUGGCUCAAUUGCAAGAAUCCCAAAGUAUGCCUCCCACGGCACAGAGCCAAGUAACCCCGUUUGUUACAAUGCCUACAGGUCACAGUGAAACUACUCAGGUCCCCGUGGCGUUUCGCACACCAGCUGUUGUGCAAGCUAGGAAACGUAAAAAGGUCAGACCACCACCCAAACAGACCAGUAAUGCUAUCGAAAGGAAAAAUACCUAUAUUGGAGCCAGCUCAGCACAAGGCACGGUUCCAUUGGGAGAAACCCAAAGUAUGCCUCCCACGGUACAGAGCCAAGUAUCCCCGUUUGUUCACAAAAACCAAGGAGAUGGGCUACAUGAGGCUGAUAAGUACAGAGAUGAAAAAAGGCCUGAAGCUAAAGAAGGCAAAAAGUCGGACGGAAUAAUUUGCAGUGAUGAGUUACAGCCGGUUGAGGAGUUGGUUGAAGACAGCGAUGCAGAUGCCAGGGAGGUAACUCAUUAUUAUGGAGAUGUAAACGACGAAGUCAGUGGUAAUGUAAUUCAUGCAAAUGAGGUCAUGGAAUAUCACUACAGUUGUGAAAGUGAUGCUGACAUGGAAAAAUAUAUCGAAUAUGCCACGUCUGAUGAUGAGAAGGAUGAGCUACAUCGGACAGGGGAAGUGGUUGAGGAACAAAGCAAUGUCUGCCCUGCGGGAGAAAGCGAGGAGACUGGAGAGUAUGGUAUUGGGGAAGACGAAGCCUCGGACACGAUGAUUAUCAAAGAUGAUGACAUUGAAACAUCUCUUGACGAGGAAGGUGUUUUUUUAUUCAGUGAAACAUCUCUUGAUGAGAAAGAUGUGAUCAUAAUGAAGAAGUAG